UUUAAAAGCUGCUGCACAUUCUCCUGUCUGCCGUGCAGCUCCGCAGUCUCUCUCUCCCCUCCUGUCCACUUCAUUAACACAUUUAUCCAAGCAACAAACCCUCUCAUCCCGCUAUGUCGGCCGCCAGCACCGAAACCAGUGCCCCUCUGCCCACCGCAGGCAGCCGCGUCUUCUUCCAAGGUGCGCCCGGUGUGGGCUGCGUGAGCUCCGGCCCCAUCAAUGGUGAGGACCCGGUCCAGAAGAAGCAGGGAAAAGUGACGGUCAAGUACGACAGGAAGGAGCUGCGGAAGAGACUCGUGCUGGAAGAAUGGAUCAUCGAAGAGCUCAGCAAGUUGUAUGACUGUGAGGAGGACGAGAUGCCAGAGGUAGAGAUUGACAUUGAUGACUUGCUGGAGGUCAACAGUGAUGAUGAGAGAGCCAGCAAACUACAGGUAUCCCUAACAGACUGCUACAAACCCACAGAGAACUUUGUCAGUGAGUUGCUGUGCAGGAUAAGGGGGAUGAGGAAACUCAGCGCUCCGACCAAGAAGGGCCUAUAAUGGCUUACUUGUCCAGUAUCUACCAACCAUAAACUAUGUCACUACAGCUUCACCCACUUUACUCACCCAACAUGAACUGUCAUAAUACAGAAUUGUUUAUCAAAACUCUAGGAAACACCCCGCAAUCUGCCAACAUUCACUACAAUAUCCAUAAUCUGGCACCCGUCAUUCAUUUUAAAGCACAGAGGAUUACAAGUCAUGAUAACAUAAGACUGUUGACAGUUACUUGCGCAAAAAAAUAAAAUAAAAUAAAGAAAAAACAGUGUGUGUUUUGAGUGAUGGAUAAAAUGUCAAGACCAGGAAUGUGCCCGGGCUGCGAGUAUGUUUAAAACAAGAAUAUCACCACCUAAAUCUACAUGUUCAGUUCACACAUUUUAAAAACCAACCUUCCAAAGAAUAAUAAAAAAAACCUUCAAAACAAAACAAGAACGAAAUUAAUCAAAGGAGGUGGUU